GGAAAUGCUGCUGCUGCCCGACGACCCCGAAAGAGACUCGAUACCACAGAUUCCAGAUAUGGACCCACCAAGUGAUGCUAAAGACAAAGCCCACAGCGAGAUUAGGAUCUCAAACGUAGUGUCCACGAUGAACGGAGGUCCCCUGAACGUUACCUCGCCAUCACCACCACUGAGCGACGGAGACGGUCUUGCACCCACAGACAGGAUCCUGAUGGAUGCGAUUAAUGGUGUGUCCCGCCAGAUCACUGCUUUGCAACGUGAAAUGAAUCAAAAGCUGGACGAGUUAACUCAAACCGCCGCCGCAAGCCAAGCUCUGCUGGUUUCCAUGGACGAGCGGCUGACUGCCCUGGAGAGGUACGGGCCCAGUGGGCCGGAGCCGAAGAGGAAAAGACGGGCGCAGUGUCCCAAGCUUGCGGAAUCUGUGCGACGUCUCCAUAACUCCAAGACAAAUUGCAAGCGCUAUGAUCCAGAGGAAUCCAUAAGCUCCCGACACAACGAGGCCGUGACUACACAUUUGGUCGAUACACUCGCUGGAAAUCCGGAUUGGCGCCGUCUAGGAACCGACCUCAUUGUUUCUGCAUGUAAGACCUACUAUGCAACGGUACGGAGGAACUUCUGCUAUGGUCAACCAGAAUUUGAACAUCUGGGAACUGUACGGAAAAGUUCAGCUCGGACUCGUCAGAGAAGGAAGAGGUUGCUUGUAGCGAGGCAGAGUGUCCUGGUGCCAGAUGAGGUGGAGUUCUGGAGUGGCAUUACCAUCGACAUGAUGUCGGAUGAGGAGGACGGCACAUCUGAGGGGGUGUUUGGGUGGAUUGUGCGGCCUCCAUCCUUCCGCAGCCAGGAGCUCUCCGACCUUUGUGCCAGACUUCAGACUAGACUGGAAGCUGAUCCGAAGUACACAGUAAUGCGCCACAGGCGACUGUACACUGGGGCAGAUUCGGACAGAUUGCCACCCAAGUCCUACAAUCAUGAGAAUGCCAAGAACCAUUUUAAGCCAGAAAGAUUGCCACCCAAAUCCUACUAUCAUGAGAAUGCCAAUAACCAUUUUAAGCCAUAAAUUAGUCCCUAGAUCUGGGUGUAGACUGACUUUGGCUGACACUGCUUGGGCCAGUUUUGUUCACGCUGUAAAUAAAGCUUUGAUUCUA